AUGGGUGUUCCGACCUUCUUCAGAUGGAUUUGUGUCAGGUAUCCCAAGGUCAUCCGCGACACCAUCGAAAGAGAACCGGUCGAGAUGGAUGGCCGAAUGGUGCCUGUGGAUCUAGAUGAGGAUGCUCCGAAUGGUGACUUCGACAACCUCUAUCUCGACAUGAACGGAAUUAUCCAUCCUUGCUGUCAUCCCGAAGAUGGGCCGGCACCAGAAGAUGAGGAACAUAUGUACGAGAACAUCUUCCUGUACCUCGAUCGCCUUUUUCGCAUCGUCAGGCCAAAACGGCUCGUGUACAUGGCCAUUGAUGGUGUGGCGCCCCGUGCCAAAAUGAACCAGCAGCGAGCUCGUCGGUUCCGGGCUGCACAGGAGAGGGAGGAGAUGGAGCGGGAGCAAGAAAGGCUUCGGCAAGACUGGGAGGCAGAGGGGCGAACACUGCCCAACAGAACUGCGGGCAAAGUUUUCGAUUCCAAUGUGAUCACGCCUGGAACGAACUUCCUGCACAAGAUGUCAGAGGCCAUCCGAUACUACAUUCACGACCGUACCACAAACGACCCGCUGUGGCAGAAGCUCAAGUUUCGCGUGAUACUCUCCGAUGCGAACGUGCCCAGUGAAGGUGAGCACAAGAUCAUGCAGUACAUUCGACUGCAACGUGCGCAACCAGACUACGAUCCGAACACCAGGCAUUGUUUGUAUGGUGCCGACGCAGAUCUCAUCAUGCUUGGACUUGCUACCCACGAGGCACACUUCUCCAUCAUCCGAGAAGUAGUGAUUCCGAAGUCGGAGAAGAAGUGCACCCUUUGUGGAGGAACCGGCCAUGUGGCUUCAGAGUGCACGGGUGAGGGGGACGACGCGGACGACAGCAUUGCUAUACAGAAGCCGUUCCAGAUCGUGUCACUGCCUGUGCUGCGCCAGUAUCUCCAGCUCCAGUUCGCUGAGCUUGUGGACAGGAUGCCGGAAACUUUGCUUUACGACUUCGAGAGGUGCGUUGAUGACUUCGUGUUCAUGUGCUUCUUUGUCGGCAACGACUUCUUGCCGCAUCUCCCGUCUUUGAGCAUUAGAGACGGCAGCAUCGACCAAAUGAUGGCUCUGUAUGUCGAGAUCCUCCCGUCCCUAGACGACUAUUUGACGGACUGUGGCAGAACCAACCUAGCUCAAGUUGAGCAGUUUCUGGAAUAUUUAGGCGGCAUUGAGGACCAGGUCUUCAAGAACCGCUUGGAGAGGGAGGCGAAGAUGAGAGCCGAACGGCAGGAGGAGCGUAGCAAGGAGCACGCGGACGAGGGCAACGUCGGCGCUGAAGGAGGUCAAGGUCAAGGUGGCCAAAUGGGCGGAGAUCUGGCUGGUGAAGGCAGCACCGCCGAUUCUUUCCUGCCCAAGGAAGAGGCCUCCGACACGAGCGCUUUCCACGCGCAGCUGCUGGCCCAGAGCUUCUCCAUGGACUUUGAGAACUUGGAGACACCGGAGCCACCAGCAAAGCGGCAGCGCCAGGAGCCAACUCUGGAGCCACCGAAGCCAAAGGAGAACAAGGCCAAAUCGGGAAAGGUAGUGGAUCGUGAGUUCCACAUGGCCCUGCGAGAUCGCCUGAACAACAGGCAAGAUCUGGGAGAGGCCAUGCCCGACACUGUCCGGCUAGGGGAAGGGCCGCACUGGAAGCAGCGGUACUAUUUCGAAAAGUUCAAGGUAAAACAGGAUGACCUUGUCGACUUCCUGCAGCGAAUUCGCAAAGCAUAUGUCGAGGGCCUGUGUUGGGUUCUGGUUUACUACUACCAGGGCUGUCCGUCUUGGACCUGGUUCUAUCCCUACCACUAUGCGCCGUUUGCCUCUGAUCUGAUUGGCUGCGGCAACCUCAAAUGUGGAGAGUUGACUUACUUCCAGACUGGACAACCCUUCCAGCCUUUCCAGCAGCUGAUGAGUGUCCUUCCGCCAGUCAGUGCUGAGGAGGCUGGCAUCCCAGCGGCAAUGCGCGAGCUCAUGAAGCAGGCCUUCUCUCCGCUGAUCGAUUUCUAUCCUGUGGACUUCGGUCUGGACUUGAAUGGCAAGCGUUUCACGUGGCAGGCCGUUGUACUCUUGCCGUUCAUCGACGAGCCUCGUUUGCUGCGGAUCUUAGGGCCGCUUCUGGCCAAGCUGAAGCCGCAUGAGAAGAUCCGAAAUCGACGGGGCAACGAGCUCGUCUUCGGGCAUAAGCAGGACAAGGCGUUGUUUCACGCUGUCCAGCUUGCGCAAGCAGCCUUCGAAGCGGGUCAUGCUGGCCUAAAACAGACUGUACGCGACAGAUAUCUCUUCGGAGCUUUGGAGGGCUGGCAAGGCGGCGGCGCAAACCGAGAGGUGACCUCCCCCAUUGAGGGCCUCCCUGAUGUGGAAGAGUCCCACUGUAUCUCAGCGCAGUUCACCGACCCCGAAGGGGUGCCUCACACUUCCAAGUUGUUGCCGGGCAUCUCUGAACAGCCACUGGUGGUGAAUGCCGCGGACAUGGACGAAGGAUCUCGCAUGAAGGGCUUCGGCGGAGAACCGGCACGGAAGCUCAUCAUGCAAGCCCUUGGCAAGGACGGACGAAGAAAGCGAUACCAGGAAGCCAUGUGA